AUGUCUUUAUCUUUGAAAUCUCGUGCCCAAGGCGCUAUCUGGGGCGUCUGUGUCGCUGAUGCCUUGGGCGGUCCGGUUCAAUUCCAAGACCCAGGGACAUUCGAGCCCAUCAGAGGCUUGAAUUUUGUCGCUCCUUACGAACAACCAGCUGGAUCUUACUCCGACGACGGUGCUAUGACGCUGGCUUUGGCAUGCUCUUUCUUCAAGUCUAAUAUGCAAUACAACCACAAGCUAUCUAUCCGGUACUAUGUCGAGUGGCUCACCACAGGUCGGUUCAGCACAGUAAACUACGCAUGGGAUAUGGGACAUUCAACUCACAGUGCCCUAACUAUCUGGAAGAACUCCGGAAUGAGCGAUAUCGAACUUGCUCAGGCGGAAAUCAAUGCGAGGUUGGAUAAAAACCAAUGUUCGGGAAACGGAAGUCUCAUGAGGAUUGUUCCGGUAGGGGUGGUCUACUGGCGAGAUGUCAAACUGGCAAGGCAAGUCGCUAGAAAACAAGGCCAGGUCACCCAUCCUGCACUCCCAUGUGUAGAAGCAUGCGAGGCAUAUACAGCAUUGGUGUGUGGAGCGAUGAGUGGUCAAACCAAGCAGCAAUUGCAUGACUCGGUUGCUUGUUUUGUGUUUACUCACCCUGACCUGAAAGAGCGCAUGUCUCAAUACAAGUCAAUUGAGGACUGGAAAGUAAAGGAGCCUGAUGUUAUGACGAGUAGUGGGUGGGUCAUCGAUACACUGGAGUGUGCUUUGUGGGCAUUCUUCAAGUAUGACUCGUGGGAGGAGGGAGCAUUGGCCGUUGUUAAUCUGGGUGGUGAUGCCGAUACUGCAGGAGCUGUCUACGGAGGACUUGCAGGUUGCUUCAAUGGAAUGGAAUCUAUCCCGAGCAAAUGGGUGCAAGGAAUGCAAAAUAAGGAAUUCAUUGGGGGUAUUGCUGACACUUUUUCGGAGAAGCUCUGA